UUUGUAUUGUUAUCUUGCAAACUGAGCGCGCGCGCGCGCUCCCGCCGCUGUUGUUCUGCGGCGGCCGCGCGCCUGGUGUGUCACGUGACCGUGUCUGCUUGCUGCUUGGCUGAGGGAAGCGUGUUAGCAGAUUUUUCUAUUUUGUACAUACAUUCUUUUGUAUAUACUGUAUAUGAUGACCUCGUUGGGCGGCGACCGAGCCCGGGGCACUCGGGAGAAAGUGCUGCCCACAUCCACACAGACCACACAGCCACAGAAACAGCUUCAGGCUACAGCCGAACAGAUCCGACUUGCCCAGAUGAUUUACGAUAAGAACGAUGCAGAUUUUGAAGAUAAAGUCAACCAGCUCAUGGAGGUGACAGGGAAGAACCAGGAUGAGUGCAUGGUUGCUCUUCAUGACUGUAAUGAGGAUGUCAACAGAGCCAUCAACUUCCUGUUGGAGGGAACCUCUGACACGACCACUUGGGAGACGGUGGGCAAAAAGAAAAGCCUUGGAAAGGAUGGCAUCUCCUCAGAGAGCAAGGAGAACAAGGAGAAUCGUGAGAAGAAAGGCGAGAAAGAGAGCAGCAAAGCUCGCGGUGGAGCAAACCGGAGAGGAAAGGGGGCCAGUCGUAAUCGGCCCGCGAGGGUUGAGGAGAAUGGAGUUGAUUCCGCACCGGUGGAGAAAGGAUCUGACCGUGGCCGCAGGGGGAAAGGACGAGUGUCUGGAGGCAGAGGAAGAGGCCGAGCCCCAGGGGCCAGUAGGUUUACAGCACAGGGGAUGGGGACCUUUAACCCAGCGGACUACACUAUGGACAGUGGCACGACCAACUCUCAUGCUGACGUGUGGGAAUCGGGGACCAAUGAUGCCACAGAUGGUACAGGUAAGAGAGACCAACGCUUAAACACCCCAUUUUUAAGCUUAUUGUUUGCCAAGGGUUUUUUUGAUUUCACCCUUGUCUGCUUUCUUCAUCAUGGUUCUCCAGUGGCAUGGCGCAACACUCUGGAAGACUGGGCAGCUGAAGACUGGACCGAGGAUCUCUCAGAGACCAAAGUGUUCACCUCCUCAUGUGCACCUCCAGCUGAGAACCAUAUCACACCUGGCCAAAGUCUGGACCUGGCAUCUCUGCUGCAGAAGCCUGCUGGCAGGGAAGACUUGGAGAAUCUGAAGCCAGCCUCAUCUCAAGGGCUCGGCCACAGCCUCGUUUUCACCAACUCCCACCACCAGCCCACACGCAACGGAGGCACCACCACUGGCACUACCAGCUACGCACAUGCCACCCUGUCCCCAGUUCUGGGUUCUGGAUUUGGGGAUCUGGGUGGUCCUAAGCUGGGACAGACCGCUGGACAACAGAUACUGGAGCAGCUGAAGGGACCAGGUCUUGGGCAGCUUACCUCCCAGCCUCCUAGCUCGGGGGACAACUGUGCCCCUGUAGGGGGACUGGGGGGUACAGGGAUUUCUGUUCCCUCUUCAUCCUGGGAUAUCAAACCUCCUGGAACACAGAGCUCUGCCUCACUGCCCUCCCAAUUCAGUCGGGAGUUUAAAAUGCAACCAGAGCCUUCGUUGGUGCUAAGCCAGCUGAGCCAGCGGCAUCAGAGCUCUCUAAGCAAUGUGGGAUCUCUACCGCUGGCGAGGCAGCCCAGUCCUCCCCCUCAGAAUGGCCCAUCGGCCAACCAGGCUCCACUGGAGGCCUUCUCCAAAGCACCAGAGCCUUCUCAAACCCACGUGGCCCCUCCCCAGGCUGCAGACUCACAGGUCAGCAGCACGCAGCACCGACAGAUUAAGACACAGAAACGAAGGAUAGCUCCCACAUCGAAGAUUCCGUCCACUGCGGUGGAGAUGCCCGGCUCGGCAGAUGUGUCUGGGCUCAAUGUGCAAUUUGGCGCGCUGGAUUUUGGCUCAGAGUCGGCAUUGCCAGACUUCGGCCAGCCUGAGAACUGUAACAGUGAAGCUACACGAGAAGCGGCCGUGCCCGUUCCUCAGACUCAAAGCAGCCUCUACUCCAAACCCAUCAGCAGUGAAUCUCUGGCCAGUCCUGUCCCAUUGCUGCUGCCUCUGGCCUCCUCUGACAGCAUCUACCCACCCCCCUCUGUGCCUCUACCCAGUCUCGCUCCCUCCCUUACCACCCCUAGUGCUGCCUCAGUACCCGCCUCUACCUCCUCAUCUUCCUCCUCCUCGUCCUCCUCUUCAUCUUCAUCAGUGGCGUCCUCAGCUGGGAACAGCUUUGACUGUGGAGUGGCUCCUCACUCACGACUGACCUUCUCCCAGAGCAAGGAGCCGUCUGGACCUGUGACAAAUGGUUUUAAUGGUGUAAGGACCUCUGCUGCUCUAGACUCCACAUCCAGUUCCUCCACUCCAAAGCCAGAGUCUCCUUCUUUAGGCAGUAGCACCAGUGUUGCACCUUCUGCCCCAUUGUCUCUGUUGCCCCCUUCAGUUACGCCCCACAGCUCGACUCUAUCCAGCCUGGCGCCUGAAUUGCCUUCUGCAACCCUCCCAUCUCUUAGCAGUAGUCAUGUAAGCAGUGGCCAUUCCUCUGUAUCAGCCCUUGGCACCAGCUCUUCACUAACGUACACUAAUGUGGACAAUGUGAAUUCUCUGGCUGCAUCGUCCGUGGUGUUUUCCUCCGCAUCUGUCUCGGCUCUUUCCAGUAACAGUGUGAGCAGUGCGGGAAGCAGCAGCCUGCACUCAGCAGCUCUUGGACUCAGUGGAAAUGGAACCACUGCACCAUCAGCCAUCAGAACCACACCCUUGCUUUCUUCAUCUACUGGAAAAGCCCCCCCUAACUUGUCUCAGGGGGUUCCUCCGCUGCUACCCAACCAGUAUAUCAUGGGACCUGGAGGCCUGCUGCCUGCAUACCCGCAAAUAUAUGGCUAUGAAGACCUCCACAUGCUGCAGUCCAGGCUACCAAUGGAUUACUAUGGAAUCACAUUCCCAGGACCCACUGCAACCCUGUCCAGCAGAGAUGGGAGCCUAGCCAAUAAUCCUUACUCAGGUGAAGUGACUAAGUUUGGCAGGGGUGACUCCACCUCACCCGCGCCCCCUACUACCCUGUCAGCAGCUCACGCUCCACAGGCAGCUCAGCCCCCACAGGCACAGAGCCAAGGCCAGAGCCAGCCUCAGCCACAGGCCCACCACAGCACCCAGCAGGCCUUCCUCAACCCAGCUCUGCCCCCUGGUUAUAGCUACACAGGCUUGCCCUAUUACCCAGGUGUGCCCGGCAUGCCCAGCGCCUUCCAGUAUGGCCCCACCAUGUUCGUACCUCCUGCUUCUGCUAAGCAGCAUGGCAUGGGCUUGAGCAACCCCUCCACACCAUUCCAGCAGCCCAGUGGUUACAACCAGCACACCUUCAGCUCAGGGUAUGAUGACCUGACACAAGGCCCAGCGGGAGCAGAAUACAGUAAAGGGUACAGUAGCAGCUCUCAGACACAGGCCAAAUCUGCUGCUUCUGGCCCAGGAAAAGGUGUCUCGGUGACAUCCAGUAACUCUGGGGUGCCUGACAUCAGCGGAACUGUUUACAACAAGACUCAGUCCUUUGAUAAACAGGGUUUCCAUGCUGGCACACCACCCCCCUUCAACCUGCCCUCAGCUUUAGGGGGUACAGGACCUCUGAACCCCGGCGGAGCCCCUGGUUAUGCGCCAGCUCCGUUUCUGCAUAUUCUGCCUGCUCACCAGCAGCCCCAUUCUCAGCUGCUGCACCACCAUCUCACCCAGGACGGACAGGGUGGGCCGAGUCAGAGGAACCAGAGCAGCAGCAUGCAGCAGAAGACCCAGGUCAAUAAAUCCAGCUAUGGCAGCUCUCCUUACUGGGGCAAUUAAAUAGUGCGAGAGCCCUUUGGCCAUCUCAUGCACACCAAGUUACUGGCCCAUUCUGAUCAGAGCAGAGGUAGCCUCUGUACAGCGGCAAGCUAAACACACACAUACACACACACACACUACCAUCUCCCAUCCCCUAGUUCUCAUCCACCCCUUUUAAAAGUUUUGGCUGUUGUAUGUAAAAUAUAUUUAUGUAUGUAUUUAUACAGUAUAUAUGUAUUGGUAGAAUAUGAAAUGUGGUUUAUGGCAUUUUCUUUUGCUUUGAAGGACCGUUUCAGUUCAUUUCAAAAGAGGAUUAUGAAAUGCGGAUGAGAACUAAGUACUAAAUGGAAGGUGCAUAUUACUUGAACACGACCCAACUUCAUGACAAUGUGGGAGAUUUAUUAUUAUUUUUUUUUUUUUUUUGUAUACAUACAUGAACUUAACAAUGGUGUACAUUAUUGCGAAGCAUCAUUUGAUGGUGAAGCCUUUUUUUAAAACUUUUUGUAUUGUACCCAUGCACCUCAUUGACCUGUGAAUUUUUUUUUCUUCUUUUAUUUUAAUCGAGGGGGGCUUUUAAAGUUCAGUGCUCAACUUUUUACGUCCCCUUCAAUUGUGAAUCUCUUCUUUAUCCCGUUAUUUGGCUUAAACAUGGUUUGGAAUCCGAACAUCAUUUUAACAUUGAUUUUACCCUUGUCGUCGAAAUAAAAUAUCUGACCAGGUCUUAUUUUUUUUUCCCCCGUCUCUUGCGAGUUACUAAGUCAGACGAGUCGUUUUUUUUGUUUGUUAGUAGAGCAGAGUUUAUUCCUCAACAUCUCAUUGGCAUUUACAAACAAGGAGAACUUGAUGCCAGCGGUAUCCCCCAUUCACACCGCCACCAUCACCACCAAGUCCGGUCCUUCAUGUAACUAAUUUAUAUGGCCAAAAAAUAUAUAAAAUAUACUUAAAAGAAGUAAAAAACUAUUUGACCUUGAUGUGAACUGAAGCCUGUGUGGAUCCAUUUCAAAAAUCAUACAAACAUUCAAACACCCAUUUGUGAUGACAAGGCAAAUGAGAAAUUUCAGACAGGUGGGUGGAUGGACAACCUGAAAAUGAAGCACAGUGAAAACAUGCAGUAAAAGGCAUAAACUCCUGGUGUUAUGUAUAAACUAGUCAUUUGAAUUUAAUACAAAUGAACGCAUUUACAUUUCAGGCAUUUGGCAGUCGCCCUUAUCCGGAGCGACUUACAAUUUAUUUCAUUUUCUGAGCAAUUGCGGGUUAAGGGCCUUGCUCAGGGGCCCAGCAGUGGUAGCCCUGAGAUUUAAACCCAACACCUUGACCACUAAGCUACCACACCCCCCACCACAAUGCACUUUCAGCCAUCUAUAUUAAGACUGUGACACUAUGAUAGAAUGAGUAGCUUAUAACAUUGGCCAUCAUUACAACUGAAGAUUCACUUGUAAUUAAACACUGCUUAAAUCAAUCAACAUGAGCCUCAGCUACCACACAAGCUUGAUGUUCAAGAGCAUGCAUCGUUUACAUUUUAGAUGUUCCAUGAGUACAGCCUCCUCCUAGUGGUGGCUUUUAACAUUGCAUGAUAGCGUUGCUCAAGGGAGAGUGAAAAAACUUCACAGGACAUGAUCCUCACCUAUGAAAGCAAAAUCUUAUGAGAAGCAAACAUCAUGACCUCUCUUUUGAAUGACCACAUUGCAGGUAAGAUUUUAUUUAACUAAAAACAUACAAGUGGACAGUAAAUACUGGUAGUUCAAAGAGCUGCAGUGAUCUUUAUUACAGACCAAUAAAAAGCAAGAUAGAUUUAUAAAACGGAAACCUCUUAAUGCACGUUUCGUUAUUACUGAGCAUUUUACUCAGACCUUAUGUUAAAUGUAGAAUAUUCACAUUAAGCGUGGAUGAUGCAACAUUUACAACAGCUGGAGAAGGUGCACUACUGGUACAUGGUCAGACUUUAAUUUGAACUCAAGGAACAAGGUCACUCAGAGGUUCAGUCUUUUAAA